CCUUUCCUCCGUCUCCUUUGCAUUGUUGCCGUUCAAAUCAAUGAACCGAGUUUUCCGGCUGGCCCAGAGCACCCACUAAAUCGGUUUGGAUGAUUCGCGAUCUGAGCAAGAUGUACCCUCAAAGCAGACACCCGGCACCGCAUCAGCCUGCUCAACCCUUCAAAUUCACCAUUUCUGAAUCCUGUGAUCGGAUUAAGGAGGAGUUUCAGUUUUUACAGGCUCAGUACCACAGUUUAAAGCUAGAAUGUGAAAAACUGGCCAGUGAAAAGACGGAGAUGCAGCGACAUUAUGUCAUGUAUUACGAAAUGUCGUAUGGGUUGAAUAUAGAGAUGCAUAAACAGGCGGAAAUUGUCAAGAGGCUGAAUGCCAUAUGUGCCCAGGUCAUUCCGUUCUUAUCCCAGGAGCACCAGCAACAAGUGGUGCAGGCUGUGGAACGUGCCAAGCAAGUGACCAUGGCAGAACUGAACGCAAUCAUUGGGCAGCAGCAACUCCAGGCCCAACAUUUAUCACAUGGACAUGGCCUUCCAGUGCCUCUCACUCCACAUCCUUCCGGAUUGCAGCCACCCACCAUUCCACCCAUUGGCAGCAGUGCGGGCCUCCUAGCCUUGUCAAGUGCCCUUGGGGGGCAGUCUCACCUACCAAUCAAAGAUGAAAAGAAGCAUCAUGAUAGUGAUCACCAAAGAGACAGAGACUCCAUAAAGAGCUCAUCUGUAUCUCCAUCAGCAAGUUUUAGAGCCUCCGAGAAGCACAGAAACUCAACAGAUUACUCUUCUGAAAGUAAAAAACAGAAGACAGAAGAAAAAGAGAUAGCAACUCGUUAUGAUAGUGAUGGUGAAAAAAGUGAUGAUAACUUGGUGGUUGAUGUAUCCAAUGAGGAUCCGUCAUCUCCACGAGGAAGCCCAGCACAUUCUCCAAGGGAGAACGGCUUGGACAAGGCUCGCCUACUCAAGAAAGAUGCACCAAUUAGCCCAGCCUCAAUAGCAUCUUCAAGCAGCACUCCUUCUUCCAAAUCCAAAGAACUUAGCCUUAAUGAGAAAUCCACCACCCCUGUGUCUAAAUCAAAUACCCCAACUCCACGUACUGAUGCUCCAACACCCGGAAGCAAUUCUACACCUGGAUUAAGGCCUGUUCCUGGAAAGCCACCAGGAGUUGAUCCAUUAGCUUCAGGAUUAAGAACACCCAUGGCAGUCCCGUGCCCUUAUCCUGCCCCGUUUGGAAUAGUACCCCAUGCUGGAAUGAAUGGUGAACUGACCAGUCCUGGAGCCGCAUAUGCGGGUUUGCAUAACAUCUCUCCUCAGAUGAGUGCAGCAGCCGCAGCUGCCGCUGCUGCAGCCGCCUAUGGAAGAUCUCCAGUGGUUGGUUUUGAUCCACAUCAUCAUAUGCGAGUCCCAGGCAUUCCUCCGAAUCUGACAGGCAUCCCAGGAGGAAAACCAGCGUACUCAUUUCAUGUAAGCGCUGAUGGUCAGAUGCAACCUGUACCUUUCCCUCCUGAUGCCCUCAUUGGGCCAGGAAUUCCACGUCAUGCUCGGCAGAUUAACACUCUAAACCACGGGGAAGUGGUAUGUGCAGUUACUAUUAGCAAUCCAACAAGGCACGUGUAUACUGGUGGAAAAGGAUGUGUCAAGGUCUGGGAUAUCAGUCAUCCAGGAAACAAAAGUCCUGUCUCUCAGCUGGAUUGUUUGAACAGGGAUAACUACAUCCGCUCCUGCAGAUUACUCCCCGAUGGCCGCACCCUGAUAGUUGGUGGGGAAGCCAGCACAUUAUCCAUUUGGGACCUGGCAGCGCCCACUCCACGUAUAAAAGCAGAGUUGACAUCUUCGGCUCCUGCCUGCUAUGCUCUAGCAAUCAGCCCCGAUUCCAAGGUGUGCUUUUCCUGCUGUAGCGAUGGGAACAUUGCAGUAUGGGACCUACACAAUCAGACCCUGGUCAGGCAAUUCCAGGGCCACACAGAUGGAGCCAGCUGCAUUGACAUUUCUAAUGAUGGCACUAAGCUCUGGACGGGAGGCUUGGACAAUACUGUGAGAUCCUGGGACCUGAGGGAAGGGAGACAACUGCAGCAGCACGACUUCACAUCCCAGAUCUUCUCGCUGGGCUAUUGCCCUACUGGAGAAUGGUUGGCAGUAGGGAUGGAGAACAGCAAUGUUGAAGUGUUGCAUGUCACAAAACCAGACAAGUAUCAGCUCCAUCUUCACGAGAGUUGUGUGUUAUCCCUUAAAUUUGCCCAUUGUGGCAAGUGGUUUGUAAGCACUGGAAAGGAUAAUCUUCUGAAUGCAUGGAGAACACCCUAUGGAGCCAGUAUAUUUCAGUCCAAAGAGUCAUCUUCUGUACUUAGCUGUGAUAUCUCUGUGGAUGACAAAUACAUUGUCACUGGCUCUGGGGACAAGAAGGCUACAGUCUAUGAAGUUAUUUAUUAGAGACAAAUCUGAAUGAAAACCGUACUCCUUCUAGUAGCACUUUGCUGUAUAUUACUUUUAUUUUUCUCGUUUCCCGAUCUGAGGGAUGAAAAUGUUCAACACGGUUGUGGAAUUUUCCCACUAGACUUGCUAUUUAAUAGCAAGCACUCAUUAAGAACAUAUAAAACCAAAUCUUCAGCUAUCUACUUGGAAGAAGAUGGAAUAAGCAUACUUAACAGGGAACUGACUCUUUUAAUUAUGUAAUAUAGCUGUAAUGUAUUUAUUUUGUUAAAGAAAUCUUUCUAACAAGGAACUGACUAAACAAAGUAGUCAGCGUCUGCCUUGGAUUUGAAGAGAGAAGUACAAUAAUGUGUCUCAAAGAUCAUCUUCAUUCUUUCUGGAUGUUUUUGCUACAUUUCUUUGAAAAGAAAGAUACACGCCUUUGGGCAAUUUUGCAGUUCUAAAGAUUACAGAAAAAAAUAUUUGAUACAUUCAUUGGAGAUGGCACUGAGAAGGGAAUGGAUUCCGACACAAAUACAAACUAUAAAAGUGAGGACCUCAGAGUUAGAAUUUAGAAGAGCACUCAUUCUGAAGUGCAGAACAAAAUGGAUUUUUCACUCGGAGAAGGACUUGCUUUAUUUACCGCCAGUUCUAUCCAAGUCUUAGUUGAAAGUCUCUGAAAUGGACGCAGGCUGAGCCAUUGUGCCAGAAACCAUGUGUUAUCUUUUUAUGUUGUUGUUGUUGCUGUUAAACUAUGAUCUGUGACAUAUUCCUUUUGAAUGCUUUUAAAAAAAAAAAACCCCUUUUAAGUCUGUGGAUCUGCUGAUGUACAGUGCCUUUGCUGCUAUGGAUCAAAAUCAAAAGAACUGUGUAGAUAAACCUUUAUUGUGUAAGUAGAAAAUUACUUAAUUUCAUACUAGAAAUGGGUUAAUGCUGCAAGUUAAAAUGGACUGUUCAUUGAAGUUCCAAAUGUGGUAGCAAAUAAUAAUAUUAAUAAUAAUAAUAAUGUGUUAAGUGCUCAGUGUUUGAUGUCAUUAACAGUUUCGUAAUACUCUACAGUGUAGAAAGAUUUUGAUACUAAACUGUGUCAUUGUACAUAGUUCUAAUACAUUGUAUUGACCACAAGUACUUCUAUAAUGGUAGGUUAUUGUUUGUGCAUUCAAACUUUUAAGCAUUAAACAUAAGUAACUUGUAAGAAAAGAUUUUUUUCUAGUUUUUCCUUCUUUUGUGUGAUACAGUAUGAAACCAGCAAACAGAUGUUAUUGCUUUUUCAACUUACUCUAAGAACAUAUGAUGUAUAUUAAAAGGUAUUUCCCAUU